AUGUCAAGUUUCUUUCGACGAUCAAAUUCACAAGCCAGGAACGACUACACUCCUUCAGAACCGCCAACACCAUCAGUCGUAUCUGCGCCAACUGAACCACAGACUAAUGGCCAACCGCGGGCUGCCGCUCGUCGCCGCUUCUCUAUGAACCGUUCCUCCGCCACAACUCGUUCUAACUCUCCUCCUUCACCCAGCGAUAACGGCCUCGAGAUGAACCUCCCGCACCGCGAACGUGGCGUCGACAAGUCUCUUCCUAGCCAAGGCGAUUUCAAAAAGCACCGCGCUUCCACUGGAUUUACCUUGCGCAACCGAAUCAACUUUGUUGGUGCGAAUCCCAACGGUCGAGGAAACGGGAACAAGCGCCCUGAAUACAACCGCCGAGCUAGCAGCUAUGACGGCAGCCGUCCCAGUACACCUCUUCCACCACCUGUAGAAGGCGACGAGACUAUGUAUCCGCCUGAACGGAGUGUUUGGCCUCUUCCCCCAGAGUCCGGAACUGGUGCCAAGGCUCGCCGCAUGAGCUUGAGUCUUCCUGAUGACUUUGCCGUGGAUGUAGCUGAACUCCAAAACGAGUUCGAAUACCAGCGCAAGUUUCUGGGUCGACAUGGCAAGCAUCUUGGCAAGGGAGCUGCUUCCAAGGUUACACUCAUGAUGCGCAAGGGAUACCCAGAAGAGCUUUAUGCCGUGAAGGAGUUCCGUGGAAAAUCACACCGCGAAAGCCAGCAAGACUACGAGAACAAGAUCAAGUCAGAAUUCAGCAUUGGAAAGAGUUUACACCACCCAAACAUUGUUGAAACCUUCCGCCUCUGUACCGACCAUGGGCGAUGGAACCACGUGAUGGAAUACUGUUCUGAGGGCGAUCUUUUUAGCCUGGUGCAAAAAGGCCACCUGAAGGGCGACGACCGUAAGAAGGACCGUAUGUGCCUUUUCAAGCAAUUGAUUCAAGGCGUGUACUACCUUCAUGUCAACGGCAUCGCCCACCGUGACAUCAAGCUUGAGAACCUUCUCAUUACCAAGGACAGCAAGCUCAAGAUUACCGAUUUUGGUGUGUCAGAAGUCUUCUGUGGUACUCACCCGGGUCUUCGUGAAGCUGGCGGACAAUGCGGCCGUAAUAUGGGUGGCGAAAUCCGUCUAUGCUCACCUGGUAUCUGUGGCAGUGAGCCUUAUAUCGCCCCCGAAGUUCUCGCCAAGAAGGAAUCCUACGACCCCCGAGCCCUUGAUGUAUGGAGCUCUGCGAUUGUCAUGAUUUAUCUAACAUUUGGAGGCGCUAUCUGGUCCCGAGCUGAGCCUGGUGAGCUCCAUUACGACAAGCUUGUCACAGGCUGGAAUAAAUGGUAUGCAAAGCAUCCAGAGAAUGAUGCUUCCAUCAGCGACAGCGAUUACCCUAAAUGUUACGCCCUCGACGUUGGCAUGAGCCCGCCCGCUCUGCGCCGUCUUGUGCUGCAGAUGCUGAACCCAGAGCCCAGCAAGCGUAUCAGUAUCGAUGAGGUCAUCAACAACCGCUGGUUGAAGAACGUUGAGUGCUGUCAACUCGAAUCCUACGAUGACCCGGCUUUACUCAUUGACGCCACCAAGAAAGACAACUCCAUACAGGGCAAUAAGAAGAUCUUUUGCCACAACCACUUGCCCCCGAAGGGAACUGGCUCCCACUCCCUGGGCAAGAUGCCAGGCCAGGCGGGCUACUAGACGACGAAUAAUGAAUGACGGAAGGGUAUUUGAAUAGCCUCACAAUCGCCAAACACCAUUGCCUUGAUUAUAUUGGGGGUGUGAUGGAUUGUGUGCUUCAUUACCCAUGUAUGCACCUAUAUCGGCGUUCAGGUCAAGGCCAUGGUGAGGGGGGUUGGCCCGCAUGGUCCGGAGUUGAUGGAUUUCUUGUCGUUUCUCUUCUUUGCAAGACCGAACUGUAUAUAGUUUACAGACUUUCCCUUGCUUCCGUCGGACGAUGCUGUACUGCAACCGGCAGGAAAGGAGGACUACUUACAAGCAAGCAGACUUAAUACCCCCGCAAUGACAGUCUCUUGCUCUUUUGAGAUCUGGUGGAACAUGACAUCCUGCUUAGUUUUGCUCUACCACAGAAAAGGAUGGUGAAAGGUUAACCAUGGGGGUUUAUCAGUUCACUCGCUUUGUCCUUUUCUAUUAUUAUUUUGAUGCAAAGAUGCGUCCAGUCAAAAGAUUGCAUAUGUUACAUACAUUACAUACACGUAUAUAUCUGGGCUUACCGCAAUGGUUGUUUGCUGCCGUUGUCAACAAUCUUUUUUGCAGAGAGAGAGCACAAUAGACUUGAAUUCUUGUAUCCAAACCACUUUUAUCCUGGUAUCCGAGUGUCCACAAUAGAAGAGCCGUUAUCGGAACGGCUUGACUCCGUGAUCGUGGUACUUGACGUCUGUAUGAUGUGUUUUGGUCAACUUGUGACAAGGGGUACUAAUCGCGUGAUAUUUGAGCAAGAGUAUUAUUUAGAUAUACAUAUUUUGCGGUGAGAUCUAUGGCAGUAGAAGGACUAUGGAAGCAUUCGAUUCGCUGGUAUAAUAACAUGCUUUUUAUCA